AUGAUAUUCGUGCAACCCAACGGACACACAACAGACAUUCAGCAUUUGUAAUACGGAAUGACCGCCUCUUGUCAGGCCGUUCAAGGUCGUUGAAACAGAACGACAUGUGGCUUUAAAAAGGUAAAGCUUAUUUUAUGUGCCUGUAACACAUUUGAGAUUUUACACUAUCGACUUCUUGUUUCAACUAAUAUGUUGUCCUAAUCUCAAGCUAGUGUUACUGCUGAUUGUUUUCACUCGCUUUCUCAAUUAAAUUUAUAUGCAUUCCUCGUGCUUACUGAGCGGCGGCUCACGUAUGUCUAUUGUUUUCCCGACAAUCGCACUGCUCCUCACACCCCCUGCACACAAGGUACCUUCAGUUUAGACGCAGACCUACCAAAGACGAAACAUUUUAGGUGUAAUGAACUUUAAAUCUCACUCCGGUGCUUCCGUUUGUGAUUGCUGGAUUACUUUGGUCGCACGCUGUCACUGAUUGUUAUCGGUUAGCUCAUUACUAAAUGUGAGUGCAUUUUAUUUUCUUACCCAAUCUUCAGCUGACGUCUGUUAUCUCCCCUGAGGAGAGAUCUGCAAAGAUAUAGACUCAACACAAUCCACUAUAUAUUUGAAUCUCAUAUGGCAGUUUACUCCUAGGGUAAUUCCUGCCAUCUGAUCUAGUUGCACGUUUUGAUUUUGCUGUCGACUGUUUUCUGCAGAUGUUGGUUUUUGUGGUCGAAGAGUACUGGAUUGGUAAAAACAUCUUCGCACUGGCUUGUUGAACAGUUUUACUUUCUCUCCAAAUACUUAAACUAAUUGGUUGAAACUUCAUCAAUUGGCACUCAGCAUUCGUAGGCAUAUUACGUACCUCUUAUCUCCAACGUCUGAAGAACUCGUAAAAUUUUAGAAAACGUUAAUCUAAAUUCACUCGACAGUAGAUUGGAGUUGUUUGUGCGUAAAGGCAAUUGUGAAUCACUUGCUUCCUUAUCAACCACAUCUAUAUCAUUUCAUGCUAACAUUUAAACCGGUGAAUAUUUUCGACAUUUCAAAUGAGUCGUGUCUUAAGGUCUAGUAUCAGGGAAAAUAAGUUAGAACAAGUUGUAUCUCGGAAACAUCGAUGCAAAAGAGUUUUCUCUGUGAUCCCCUCGGUAUCUUCCGGCUCAACAGAAACCCCAGGAAGUCGUCUCACUCAGCAAAGACGACCGAGUCCCCCUGAUUCCUGUAGAAGCGUCACAUCUGUCGGUUAUGAAUCUUCUAAAUUAAAAGAUCAAAGCAAUACAUUGGAUAAAUUCAAUACUUUCCUUGAUGAUCAAAAAGAAAUCCACCCACCUGUGGUCUUUGAUUCAUGUACUACACAAUGUAUGGUCGAUUUCACAUCCAACUCUGCAAAUCAGUUUGCGGAAUCUAAUGCACUGAUUGUUGGAAGAGCAAACGAAAUCAGUCGUUUGACAUCUUUGAUUCAGUCUUACAUAGAUACGAAGAAAAGUGCUAGUUUAUAUAUAAGUGGGGCUCCAGGAACUGGAAAAACAGCAGUUGUUCUACAUGUUGUUCAAAAUUUUAAAACGUUUGGCAGAUGUAAUGCUGCUGUGAUUAAUUGUAUGCAAUUAACGUCAUGUGCAGAUAUUUUUGGACGAAUAUCUAUCGUUUUAGAAGCUCACAAUGGCAAGGAAAAUAAUUCUAUUAGCGAUGCUGAUUCAUUGGAAUGCUUUUUGAAUCAACAACCACAAAAACAGACCAUUAUCCUAGUUUUAGAUGAAGUGGAUCAGUUAUCUACUCGUAGUCAGAAGCUACUCUACAGAAUUUUCGAAUGGCCAUCAAAACUUACUUGUCACAUCAUUGUUAUUGGGGUGGCAAAUGCUUUAGAUUUACCGGAACGUUUGUUGCCACGUUUGAAAUCAAAAGUUCACAAACCCACUCAUAUUAUAUUUCAACCAUAUUCACAAUCUGAGCUUGCUGAAAUUGUUCAAGCUCAUUUAUCCAAAUCAUCAAAUAGUGGGUCAUGUAUAGAACCUCUGGCUAUACAACUAUGUUCUAGAAAAAUUGCUGCUUCUACAGGGGAUGCACGUACCGCGCUAGAUAUAUGUCGGAGGGCGAUUGAUUUAGCCCAUCAAGAUGUUCGAAUGAAAAACAUAUCUGACGCAUUUACUCCUUCAAAGGUGGUGGCUGAUUCUCCCAUAAUACCUUCCAUCCAGCACAUAAGUAGGGCUUUAAAGGAAUCUCAGGUUGAUUCUCUUCCUGUUAAAUCGUUUAGUGGCGAUAAUACUACUAAUGGCUCUGAGCUGCCAUUACACCAUAAGCUUCUACUGGCUAGCUGUCUUUUGUUAAGAAAACAGAAAUGUCUGCGUGAAUUAUCGUUUAGCCUACUUUAUGACACGUACAUUCUUAUAUGUAAGAAAAAACAAAUUAUAAGUUUAAAUGAAUCUGAACUCUCUGCUGUGUGCGAUCUGCUUGAUUCUCGUGGAUUUAUUCAACUUACUGGUCCGCGUUAUUCAGUUAAAGCUACAGUGGGUACACCAGCACGUUUAAGACGUAUCCGAUUACGUUUAGAUGAUAAUGGUGUCCAACAAGCUUUCAUGGACGAUUUCCUGCUGUCAUCAGUAAUGGAUAUAAAAUUAGAAAAGUAAUUUUGUAUUUCAUCAUAAUUUAUUUGUAUAUAUUUAUCCAUCUGUUUCACUGUUGAACUAAUUAAACGUGCUCUUAUUUCGUAUAACCUUUUCUAUGUAGGUGUUUUGAUCUAAAUUCGACAGUACUUUGUGUUUUCAUUACAGAUAAAAUCGUAUUUUUACACUUUUUAUGAAGUCUUUGACAAGUAUUUUUGUAAUCUAAGCACUUAUGAAAUAAAAAAGCUUUUACCUGUUCUCCAAUAUGUUUAAAAAUAGAUUAUUCAGUAACUGGGAUAACUGUGGAGUUACUUUCGGCUGGUAUGCAUGAAAAACGAUAUUUAAAUGUAAUUAAAAAAUAAGGAAAUAUCAUAUAAACUAGAGAUAAAUUGAAAUCAAAUAAUAGGAUGUUCAGAUAUUUGAAAUUUUAUUGAAUUCUCAUUUCUCAUCUCUCUUGUUGUUUAAAGUUGCUUUCUACAUACUGAGUAAAAAAAUGACCGAAGAUAACUGACUCCUCAGAUCGUACUUAAGUGUCUUCCCCUUCCGUCACAACAAAACACUCAAGUGUAUUAUGUUUACACUUUGUAGAAUAUAAAUAUGUAGUUGCAUCAAAAACAUAUUGAGUCCGAAUGUAGUCUUCGUGAUGGUGAUAUUAUUUAACCCAAUCCUUAAAAUCAAU